AACUCAAGAAUAGUUAUAAUACGUUUUCCAACUGUUUCUUUUUCCUUACAGUACUUGGGGUGUAUAGAAGUCUUACGCUCAAUGAAAUCUCUUGACUUCAAUACUAGAACACAGAUUGCAAGGGAAGCAAUCAUUCGUGUUUGUGAAGCCGUGCCUGGUGCCAAAGGAGCCUUCAAGAGACGAAAGCAACCAAGCAAAGUUCUUUCUAGCAUCUUGGGAAAGAGCAAUCUUCAGUUUGCAGGAAUGAGCAUAAUGCUGAAUAUCUCCACCACCAGCUUAAACCUAAUGACUCCGGAUACAAAACAGAUCAUAGCAAAUCACCAUAUGCAAUCUAUUUCCUUUGCGUCUGGAGGUGAUCUGGAUACAACUGACUAUGUUGCAUAUGUAGCUAAGGAUCCUGUUAAUCGGAGAGCUUGUCAUAUACUGGAAUGCUGUGAUGGCCUGGGCCAGGAUGUCAUCUGCACCAUAGGGCAAGCAUUUGAGCUUCGAUUUAAGCAAUACUUGCGAUGCCCAUCUAAGAUACCUACUUUUCAUGAUAGGGUGCAGAGUUUUGAUGAGCCAUGGGUGGAGGAAGAUCACCAGACAACAGAACAUCCCUAUUACAACAACAUCCCAAAUAAAAUGCCCCCCCUUGGCGGCUUCGUUGAUGCCAGGCUCAAAGCAAGACUUCCCACUGCUGCAGAUACAGCUCAGACUGGAACAGGAGUGGGAGGAGAUCAAACCUAUUACCAGAGUCGUCACUUAGGAGAGAAAUUCGGUGAAGACUGGCAUCAGGGGCCUGUUAGGCAAGGAUCUCUGGAUAUUUGUAGUAUGUCGGAAGAGAAAUCACAAGUAACCCCAACAGCACAGAUGCCAACAUACGUAAACACCCAGAAUAUAAAUACAGAAGAUCUGUUGGCACUUCAGGCAGAUGCUGAAAAUAUCUUCAGUGGAACAGCAGAUGAUACCAAAGAGAGCAGCAGCCCAGGAAAAGAUCUGUUUGACAUGAAACCAUUUGAAGAUGCCCUCAAGAACCAAACAUCUGAGGCUACAUUGAGUAAGUCCACCUCCACUGGAUGCACCAGUCCCCUUUUAUCCAGAGAAGCUGAAUGCGCUGUAGCCAAAGACCUGAGUACAGAGCCGUGGUAUCAAGGAGAGAUGAGCAGGAAAGAAGCAGAACAGAUGUUAAAAAAAUGUGGAGACUUCCUCGUGAGGAAGAGUACCACGAAUCCCGGCACCUAUGUGCUGACAGGCAUGCAGAACGGACAAAUCAAGCAUCUUCUUUUGGUGGACCCAGAAGGAACUGUUCGUACAAAAGAUCUUGUCUUUGACAGCAUAAGCCAUCUCAUCAAUCAUCAUCUCGAGAAUAAGUUGCCAAUAGUUUCUUCUGGGAGUGAACUCUGCCUGCAGCAGCCUGCUGAGAGGAAACACUGA